AUGAGUGAACCGGAUAAAAAUGAAAUCACUUCUGUGAGUUUAUCGACGGCGAUCAUUCUCGAUGAGUUACCCGAGAUGGGCUCAUGGGCGGAUAUCAUGCAGAAUGAGGAACCCGAGAUUUAUGAGGAUUCACAUCAAGAAAGCAUCGAAUCCAAUGAUACAUCCGACUCAGCAGCCGAGGAAAACGAUGAAGGAAGCUCAAGAGAAAAUACGAUCAAAUUGCCAGACGGUCGACAUGUUGUGGUAAGACCGCCGUAUUCUGUGCGAGUGAGAAAUGUGAAUCCCCGAGCGACCACCGAAGAUCUUUUCUUUCAUUUUGGUGGACGAGAUGCGGUAGAAGAAGUUGAUUUUGAUCAAUCUCGAAGCGUGUGGACUAUUCUAAUGGCGACUCCUGAUUUUCUAGAACAUGCUCUCACUCUGCAUAACUCGUACAUGUUCUCUAAACAAAUUCAGGUGUUAUCACCGAACAUUGAAACGUCCGAUGAUGGAUAUGGAUCGAGAAUGAACAACGGCUCUAACCGUGGCUAUCGAGAUUCAAGAAACUACCCUGGACACUCACAACAGUUCCCUCAACAAUCACACUAUUCAAAUCAAAAUUUUUCGUAUUCGAGCAACAUCCAACCGUUGAUGACGAUUCCAACUGCAUAUCAUCCGAAUGGAUAUGGAGCUCUGACCGCUCAGGAGAAUCAAUAUCAAGGAAAUCGAAACUAUCCACAGAAAUUCGAUAAGCAACGAUCGCAACAACAAAAUCCCAAUCGGGUUUACAAUAGUCGAAUGAGAGAUCAACCGGGUAGACCAUCGUUUGACUCGGAUCGAGGAGACAUGCCAGGGGAAAUCUCUAAGAGAACCUCAAGUGAACGUGUUUCCACCAUUUCAUUGGCUUCUUGUGAUACUCAGAAGUCGACAGACUCCGUUGCUACGAUUCGAAAGCCGACGAACAAAGAUCUAUUUGGUGAUGCGAAACCCGUGGAUACAACGGCGAAACUCCUCGAGAUUGAGAAUAGAAAGAAAGAUGAAGAAAAGAAAACGCAACAACAACAACAACAAAAGACAACUGAGGCUGAGCCACACCAUCCACGACAGUCUCGAGACGGACAUCCACGUGAUUCUCGCUACUACAAUCAAUCAGGCGAAGAAAGAAAACCAUCGACGAGCACCUCAUCGACCACGGUGAUUGCGGUGAAAGAGAACAAACAACCACAUAAAGCUGACGACUAUGGAUCUGUGACUAUUUUGCCACGACCAAGCGUUUCAAAGGAUGAUCAAUUCGAUGCCUCACCACCAAAUGAUCCCAUUCAACACACGACAAAGAAUACGCCUAGUCCUUCAGUGACAAUAACUGAAAAUUUAAAAGUGAGAACAUUUCGUGGACAGAAAACAAGAGGACAUUUCUCGAAUAAUCAAAAUCGAUCAAAUACAAAUCAGCCAAUCGAGAGUCAAUCAGUUAAAGGUCAUUACCGGGGUCGAGGUGGUGGAAAUCGGGGAAAUUAUUCGGGAAGAGGAGGACGAGGAGGAACACAAACGAAUUACAAUGAUCGAACAAAUGUUGAAGGGUCGCAAGGCGGAGAAUCGCGAACAGCUACUGAUCGAAAGAAUUCAUUCACUGCACGCGAAUCUCACUCGUUGAAUGUUUCUUUUGAAAAUACUGAGAAAUCGGAGCUGGAGCGCAAAAAUUCAACUCCAGUUACAUCAUCAGCUCAUCCAGAAGAGCCAAUCCGAGGCAAAUCGCAAGGAUAUAGAGGAUCACAAAGAGGAUUCAAAACUGGAAAGAAAAUCCCACGAUCAAGCACGCAAGAGCAAAUAGGAAAAGGGAAAAAUGAGACGGAGAAAGGUGUUGAGGAAAAGAUGACGAAGAAUGAAAGUGCGAGUAAAGUUGAAGAGGCUGGGGGUGAGAAGGAAGGCACACAAUCAGCACAAGCCAUUCUCUCACUUCCAGAAGAUGGCUCCGAGAAAGCAUCCAAGGAAAAACGACGCAAGAAACCGAAUAAGGAACGACAAAUGCUUAACGCGAUGCCAAAGAUUGAUGACAAAAAAGUGGUUCGACCAGUGAAUUGUCAAAAUCGCUUUGAUGUAAUUAGCAAUCUUCCCGAA